AAUUUAAUCUUACAUUUGCGGGUGCGCUGCGGUCGAAGGCCGGAUGUUAGUUAGUUGUAGUCACGGAACCGAUCAUUUCGCGCCUCAAACAGUCGUCCAUGCACCGUCAUCGAAAGCGCGCGAAUUAUUCAUCCAAGCUUGUUGACUCGAUAAAUUCGAGAGUUACGUGACCGUAUGACACUUCGGAAAUCAAGCAACGCGCGAUAAAAUGAUACUAAUAAUAGAGAGAUAUAUAUAACAGACAGAAAUUUAAUAAUUACUAUUUCCAGUUAAAAUUAUUAAAUUGAUAUUACGCGUUUUCGUUAUAAGAGUUAUCCGUCGUUAUGUCUCUUCGCGAUUUUAUCUUGCUAAUCUCAAUUGUUGGUUUCUCAACCUCAUCGUCAAUAAUUCGACCGCAAAGAUUGUUGAUCGUACGUCUUUCACCGGAACCAAUGACAAGUCUAGCAGAUGUACCAGACAGAUGGAAAAGAGUGCAUCUGAACUUCAAAGCACCGCAACUAGAGGUCCAUUUGAUGAAGAGUUACGUCUCACCGGACGAGAAGUGGAUAUUUAGCCAUGAAUACAAAUACUCGGGGAAAGAUGAUACUGCGGCGAAAGUGAUACCGACGACAGAAGAGAAAGAAGUUCCGCGAAUUGAAAAUAAUAAUAUGGCUACGAGAGAAAAGGAAAGAGAAAAUAAUAACGUUCAAGAUAAUAUUAUGAUGCCUGAUGUUAUUCCACAAAUCGGAUCCAGGAAUAUUAUAACAGUGCCCACACACUGUCCGAAAGGAGAAAGAAGGGAUAGCAAAGGACGUUGUAAAACUGUCAUAACGUAGAAGAAACAAAAGAUAAAAAGAAGAACAUUUAAAUAAUUGGAUUAUUUUAGUUAUCGAGAUCAAUAGUGAAAUAUUUGGAUCCGUAAUGAGAGUGAAAGUUAUUCAGUUUUAUUAACAAAAUGCUAUAGAUUAAAUAUGUAUGUAUUGUUUA